UGUAAGUAAACAUAAUUGAAACUACUUGCAUAGUCUUUCCAACUUGUUUACAAGUGCUGGUUUUUAGUUGGUGGUCACAUAAACAACUUCAUUUUUGUUGUUUUUUUGACUUCCAAGAACGUGGGUGCCUUGCCUUAUAUCCUUCUAACUUCUGAAAAAACCUACUGAUAAUGACAAAAAUAAGCAUGAUCUUUUUAGUCUAGUGAGAAUUGACAUUUUAGUUUUCUAUAUAGGAUUAGUGAGGGGUCUAGUAAAAACAAGUAGCCAAAUUGUGUUACUUCACUUCCCUUAAGUUCUAUAAGUACUCUGUUUUAGUUUAAAAAAGCUAUACUAGCUGGACACAAAUUAUGGAAUUCACUAGAUUUUGCUUCUUGGUUUUUUCUGUUUUCUUGAUUUCCUAUGUUUUUUCAGUUCAUGGUAGGUUUUAUGAUUACCCCAAAGUGUCGCGUUUUCGUGCAUUGUCACAAAUAUCAAUGCCACCUUUCCCUGCCCCUGCCCCUGGCCCUGGCCCUGCCCCUGCUCCUGAACCUAAGGGUGAUCCAAAAACUGAGAAUGUGAAGAAUUCAUCAAAUGAUUAUGCAGCAGGCAUUUUCAAUGUGUUGUCUUAUGGGGCUGUUGGUGAUGGUGUGAUAGACGAUACACAAGCGUUUAAGAUGGCUUGGGAUACUGCUUGUCAAGUUGAUUCAGCUAUUCUACUAGUUCCAAAACACUAUUCUUUCAUGAUCCAAUCCACAAUCUUCACUGGUCCUUGCAAAAGUGGACUAAUUUUUAAGGUUGAAGGAACCAUUAUGCCACCAGAUGGACCUGAUUCAUGGCCAAAAGGUGUCAGUAAGAAACAAUGGUUAGUCUUUUACAGAAUUGAUGGGAUGUCAAUGCAAGGUGGUGGACUCAUAGAUGGUAAAGGAGAAAAAUGGUGGAAUCUUCCGUGCAAACCACAUAAACAGGGGAUAAAUGGAACAACACUACCUGGCCCUUGUGACAGCCCUGUGGCUAUAAAGUUUUUCAUGAGCUCAAAUUUGACAGUGCAAGGGCUUAAAAUCAAGAACAGCCCACUGUUCCAUUUCAGAUUUGACAGUUGCCGCGGUGUCCAUGUUGACUCGCUUUACAUAAAAGCACCACGUCAGAGCCCCAAUACUGAUGGAAUUCACAUAGAGAAUACCAAUGAUGUCACAAUAAGAAACUCAAUAAUCUCCAAUGGUGAUGACUGUAUUUCAAUUGGAGCUGGUUGUUACAAUGUUGAUAUAAGGAACAUGACCUGUGGUCCAAGUCAUGGAAUAAGCAUUGGCAGUCUAGGCAUUCGCAAUUCCCGGGCAUGUGUAUCCAACAUUACAGUGGAAGAUUCAACUAUUAAGUAUUCAGACAAUGGUGUUAGGAUCAAGACAUGGCAAGGAGGAUUUGGGACAGUAUCCAACAUUAAUUUCAACAACAUUAGAAUGGAAAGUGUUCGAAAUCCGAUAAUUUUAGAUCAAUAUUACUGCAGCACAAAGAGCUGUGCAAAUCAGACUUCAGCAGUGUACAUAUCUGAUGUGAUUUAUUCAAACAUAAAGGGUACUUAUGAUGUGAGAAGUCCACCAAUGCAUUUGGCUUGUAGUAACAGUGUCCCUUGCACAAAUUUGACUUUUUUGGAUGUGGAGUUAUAUCCUGCUCAAGGACAAAAAAUCUUGGAACCAUUUUGUUGGAAUGCUUAUGGUGCUCUAAUUACUCUUACAAUUCCACCAGUUUUUUGCUUGUUGGAAGGCACACCUCAGUCAUUACCAAGUAAUGAUCUUGAUCAAUGCUGAUACAUGAUUUGCUAAGAAAUACAAACUUGUAAAAGAUGGAGUACUUAAUAGUAUGUAUUAAAGUUUUAGCUCUUCUAGUCUUGUUCCAGAGAGGACUAAAACUUAACUGUAAGCAUGUAUCCAUUUUGUUAAUGAUAUAAAAGUAGUAUAU